AUGAACCAGCUGUGCAAAGUGUGCGGUGAGCCGGCGGCUGGAUUUCAUUUUGGCGCAUUCACAUGUGAAGGUUGCAAGUCAUUUUUCGGCCGCACCUACAACAACAUAUCCGCCAUUGCUGGUUGCAAAAACAAUGGCGAUUGCGUCAUCAACAAAAAGAAUCGCACGGCCUGCAAAGCUUGUCGCCUGCGCAAGUGCUUACUGGUAGGCAUGUCCAAGAGCGGCUCACGCUACGGCCGACGUUCGAAUUGGUUUAAAAUACACUGUUUGCUGCAAGAGCAACAAAGUGUGCCAGGCAAUGGGCCAGGCGGCGGCGGCGUUCCGGGUGGCGGUGGCAGCAUAAGUGACAAUAAUGCUAAUAGAGCAAGCUUCGAACAGUUGGCGCGUUUACAUCAGCUGCAAGCGCGUCAAACCUAUCAAGACAAAACGAAUCCCUGCAUCAAAUCGGCCAGCAUGUCACCAACAGCUUUGGCGCUCAGCGCUGCUGCAGCAGCUGCCGUCGCUGCGAAUAGCAGAGGCUCACCACAACAUAAUCUACUCAGCUCAGCGGCGAAAUUUCUUAAUGGCGUUGCUGAUAGUGGGCGGCAUCACGCGCAUCAACAGCAACAGUUACAACAGCAGCAACAACAGAUGGCGCAACAACAACUACAACAUAGCGCGCAGCAACACCAACAUCUGCAUCAUUUACCCGCAUUCGGUUAUGGCGGCAAGGCGGAGACGCGCCUCAGCGAAACACCCAGCGAUUCAGGCGCGUCGUCUGCCGGCGAUGCAGCAGACGAUGCGCGCAGCAGCGUUUCAGGCCGUCAGGAGCGUAAUUGUAAUUCAGCGCAACAUCUUGCUGCAUUGACGUAUGACGAUUUAGAAGAGGCCGAGGCGCGUGAGCGUCGUCAUCAACAACUGUUGCAAAUUUAUCGCUCGCACUCAGAACCGCUGCGCAGCCCUUUCGCGCAUUUUGCGCUACCGCCGCACAUAUCACCGCUCGCCGCGCCACCGGGCACACUACUUUCCGCCACUAAUAUUGCUGGUAGUCCACCUGCUCACCUUAUGCCCGCUGCUUUGAAGGAAGAAAUCAAGCGCCUAAGCGAGGCGGCAUCCGCCGCCGCCGCGGCAGCAGCAGCAUCAGCGGCGUCGGCAGCAGUAGCUGAUGGCGCGUCUAACAAUGAUGCGCAAGAGGAGCCCAUAGACUUGUCAUUGAAGGGACGCGCAAUCGAACGACGCUGGGCGGCAGCGCGCUCCAGCUAUGAGCGGCAACUGGCGCAUGGCGAAGGUAAUUCCCUCACGUCCACAACACCACCGCCCUCGUCCGCGUCACCUACGGCGUUGAGUACGGCAGCGCAUGCAGCGCUCUCGCAUACUGUGAUACACAAGCCAACUCCACUGGACUUGACAUCAGUGCGCUCGCAGACGUUAACGGGUUAGGUUGGGCAUGUUGUUGAAAUUCGUUUAUUUUUCUUUUUAAAUCUUACUAAAAUGCAUUUUUAAAAUAUUAAAAGCUCGAUACACUAAUUUAAACGUUAAAAUAUGUAUCUACACUGCACUAGUUGCUUAGCGGUGUUUUGAACUAGGCAUACUUUUAGGCAGUAUACUAUUUGUUUACAGUAUUUCGUUCGUUUUAGCCAAAAAAUGUGUGCACUUCUCAAACGGUUAAUGUAAAAUGACAAAAUGUGCAAAUAUGAUACAAAAUUGUGCAGAAAAAAUUAAAAACGCAUGUUAAAAAAUUUUGAAUUAUUUUUUAUUCACUUAGCAAGGUUUGACUGUAAUUUGCUAUAUGUCAUUAACAUUUCAAAAAAAAAAAACGAAAGAUAUAUUUUAAAAAAUUGUUUUUAAUCCUAUCCAGUGC